AUCGACUCCAGCGUCAAUAUUUCACUCCUCUCAAAAGAAGUACGAGACAAAUUGAAUCAAAUCAAGUACGAAACAAGAAAUUACUUCGUUGAUCUUUUAAAAUUGAAACGGGACAGUGAAGCUGGAGGCAAAGUCAAGAUCCCCUCAGACAUAGCCAAAGCUCUUGAUAUUGGUAAUACAACGGUGUUCUCUGGAGCCGAUGUAGAAGCAAUUUUGAAGAUGGUAUGCUCUUAUCUAUUGGCAUUUUUGCUCCACUACGAUCUUGAAUCGUUCAAAAUGUUUAGACUGAACUCUACUCUCCUCAUGUUGCAGCUACGUGAGCGUCAAGAAGCCAUUGAUCGUGAGGAAAUUUUUUUCCUCAAUGAAGUCGAAUUGAUGAAGGUGCUGGAGCGCUGGGAGGCCCACAUAAACGAUACAGCAGCUGUUCGCGAAAAGGCUCAACAUGAUUUUGAGCUUGCCAAGAAGAGUCAUCCCAAACCCGGACGUUUCCACGAACCGGGAAGUCGCGCUCAAGAAAGGGAACAGUGGCAAAAAGGGGAUGAUAUGCCUGAGGAUGAAUUUGAUCCGCGAGCGUUCUUCAUAAUGCACGAUUUGAACUCUGAUGGUGUUUGGGACACCGAGGAAAUGGAUGCCAUGCUUUCUGCCCAGAUUGGACAAAUCGACGAGGAUGAGCCGGAAAGGCAAGACGAAUACAGAGUUCAAAUGAGACGGAAGAUGCUGGAGGUUAUGGACCGUAAUGGUGACGGACUGAUCGACUACAAGGAGCACAUGAAACACAGCACGUCGCCAGAUGGCAUGAAUGACGGUGGAUGGGAGCCGGAUGACGAUGAGGACGAGGACUUGGACGACUUCGGUCCAGUCCCUACCGAUGAGGACCUUCAACAGAUCUCCAAAAAGAUACACAACCUCGACACCAUGGACCCGGACUCCAAGAUGGUUCGAUACCUGCGUAAACGCCUUGACCGUCUACAACACGAUCUGAAGCGCAAGAAAAUGAAUCUCUGA